AUGGAUUCGUCUCCUUCGUCCCAGCAGCGCCCUGGAGACUCUGCCAUGCCGGAAAACAACCCAUCUGGUGCUGCUGAUAGCUUUGACGCUGAUCCUUUUUUCAGCAUGGACUUCAUCGGAUCGUCUGAUCAGGCCUGCAAGGAAUGCAGGAGACGAAAGGCACGAUGUAAUCGAGCUCUGCCUACCUGCGAUUUGUGCGUCAAGUAUCGCAGACAUUGUCUCUAUGAAAAGCACUCACGGACACCACUCACCCGCAAACACCUUACCGAAGUGGAGGCACGUCUGGAAAGAGCCGAAGCCCUCUUGAAGCAGAUGCGCAAUUUGGUUCCUCCACAUUUGAGGUCGUGGGAGAAACAAGAUCCUGCGGCGGCUGCGGCUCAAGCACAGAAUGGCGAUGCAUCAUUCAACUUUUCGAAUGCGGUGGAAGUCUCGCGGGAUCCCAAGUCCAAUGGAUCCGGCGGGCAAGACGACACCGCUAAUUCAACAACAGCUUCAUCUGUCUCACUUCCACAACACGUAGUAGUCGACCAAAGCGUCACUGUACAUCGAUAUCCGGAACCCGAUCACCAGCGCAUGCUGGAAGUUCCACCCCUUGAGGACUUUGAAUGGAACGAGAAUGACUCUGCACGAGCCUACUCGCUUUCCCCCGAGGCAGGCGGCGACAGUGUCAUUGAGGAUACGCCAUUAUCAGAUGGCAUGGCAUCUUUGAGCGUGAAUGAACGUGAGUCAGGAUACUUGGGAGUAGCUUCGGGAGCUGCUCUGCUCCGACUACUCGAACCGCAAACAAGGCGAAGAACACCAUCUCGCGUCGACAGCAACGCAUCUUUUAUAACAUCAAUGACGCCGCAGCCAAACCCGAAUCGACACAUUACCGAAUCUAUGCUUGACGCAUUCUUCCGACAUUAUCACGUUAGCUACCCCAUUAUCCAUGAGCCGACGUUCCGCGCACAGUACAGCGAGGUAAUUCCUCGACCAAACGGGCCCUGCUGGACGGCACUGGCAUACAUUGUAGCAGCUAUCGGUGUUUGGACAUCAGCCCCGUCAUCCGCAGAUACUCUCGACAUGGCGCUCUUUGCUCACGCAAGGUCGAUUUUGGGAUUCAACUUUCUCGAGGUCGGGAACCUCAGCCUCGUGCAAGCACUAACCCUGGCGUCAAACUACCAGCAGAAACGAGACAAACCCAACUCCGGAUACAACUACCUGGGUCUGUCAGUACGAAUGGCAAUGGGCUUAGGUCUUCACAAAGAAUUUCAAGGAUGGAACAUUCCGCCGCUCAACAUGGAGAUUCGAAGACGAGUCUGGUGGUGUCUCUGCUCGUUUGACAUUGGCGCCAGCAUCACAUUCGGCCGCCCGGAUGUAUGGCCCUACAAAGGCGUUGAAGUCGCAUUCCCUCUAAACGUCAACGACAAAGACCUCACUGCUGCUUCGCACUCUUAUCCAAACGAGAGUAAUCAGAUUACGCCCUACACGGCUGUGGCGACGCAGGCCCGUUUCCACAUCGCCACGCACGAGUGCUACGAAAAGGUUAUUUCCAAGCCGUUUCCAACGGCCGAAGAACUACUUCAACUAGACUCGUCUCAGAUUGAGCCCUGGAAAGUGAGCAUACCGGCCUACUUUGCAGAAGGAACCAGUGUUCCUCGACGGUAUGCCCUACCACAGGCUAUUAUGGGUUGGCGGUUGCGCAACUUGCGCAUCAUCAUGUAUCGACCGUUUGUGAUUCGACGCGCAUUACGACGGAAGGCCGAUAACAAUGAAGCCAGCUCUAUAGCCUACGAAAAGUGUUUGGCGGAUGCCAAGUCUACUAUUGAGAUGAUUGAGGCGUUUUGGGAUCGACACGAGCACAAUCGCCUGGCGGCCUGGUAUGGAUUGUAUUUCCUUUUCCAGGCAGCUUUAAUUCCGUGCAUCUGUCUCCGAAACGACCCCUCCGCAGCCGAAGCCGCCGACUGGCGUAGACAAAUCAGCAUCACCCUCAAGGUCAUAGCCGCAAUGAGUUCUCUAAACGCAAGCUCAGCUCGGUGUCACCAAAUCAUAUCCGAACUGUGUAGCCGAUAUCUGGACACUGCUGCCCCCGAAAAGAUUGAGAGCCCACCAGAAACGACGGCAUCGCAAAAGAUGUACCAGGAGCAAAUGCCACAGCAGGUCCUUGAGGCGACGCCGCCGUGGCCUGAAAACCAACCGGUAGGGGAGAGUCCUGAGACGCAGAUCAACAACGUGUUUAGUAUGAUGUGGCCGAACGUGCCGCCGCUGGAGGCUGCUGAUGUGGUCAUGGGAGAUGAGGUUGGGUGGAUGGAGUUUUUGAGGUCUGGGAGUACGGAUAACUGGGAUAAUACCCUGUCGUAA